AUGCCAUAUCAAUACCAACCACUUCCGAUUGUCCAAAACUCGGAGGAUGCCUAUGUACGAUUGCUGGAAGUUCACAGGGGCACUCGAAGUGGCCCCAUCACCGGUCGACUGUACACAACAUUGUUGUCGGAAGCCCCAAAGUUCUAUGCUCUCUCCUACUGCUGGGGCCCUGAGCCACACGAAGCUACCAUUCAUAUUACCAACGCGGCCCCACCUCGUGAUCUGGAGAACGACAACACUCUGAAGAUACCUAAAACUUUGAUCCCUUUGCUAUACGAGAUCCGUCAAUGGGGUUGGCUGAAAGCACGCACCCUGUGGGUCGACAGCGUGUGCUUGAACCAGAAAGACGAUGAUGAGAAGACCGCACAAGUACCAAAGAUGCGACAAAUAUAUAUUAAGGCUACUGCUACUGUGAGCUGGCUGGGUUUGGGAGACGAGGGGAUAGAAGCAGCUUUCAAAUAUGCUUCUGGGCUGCAUACGACCUUCAGACGAGAGUUGGCGGAACACAAGCACAUUGAACUGACGCCGGAAGAAGAGAAAGAGGAAGAUGUGCGCGUCAAGGUCAAAGUAGGCGAUCCAGCACUUGAGACGUUGCUGAGACUCUUGGAUCGGCCUUACUUCGAGCGGUCUUGGAUCAUGCAGGAAGUCGUUGUUUCUAGCCAGGUGUGGUUCAUGUGUGGAAGCGCCAAGAUACCUUGGCAAUCGCUACAAGCUGCAUAUUUGUAUCUAAUGACGAGUCAGCUGUGGUUGUGGGAGUUUUACCAAGGGGCUAGGGUGAGUAACGUCAUCCUCAUGAAGCUCAGUGAGAUGGAAUGGGCAAGUGGCGCCGAUAUCGAUUGGCCUGGGACGCUGCUGAGGCACCGAGUAUGUCUUGCCAAGAAUCCCAAAGACAAGAUUUACGCUUUUUACGGCAUGAGCUGUAAGAAGGCAUUAGGUAAGCUCGGAAUCAAGCCAAACUACGACAAAAAGUUCACGACCGACAUACUGUACACUCAACUGGCUGCGCGCACGCUUCAAAAGAGGCAAGCAGCAGUCCUCCAUGUGCCUCGUCUCACUACCACUUCUAAAGAAGAAAACGACCCAGAUUUCAAGCAAAUCACACUUCCAUCCUGGGUACCGGAUUGGCGUUGGACAGAAGCAACACCAUUCUCGCUAGUCAGGACCGAAAUGCUCGCCGACGAUGCCAACACAACGCGCGACUACCAUGCUUCGAAUGACUCUAGAUUCGAACCUCGCUUCGACCUCGAGGCGUACAACUCACCCCAAGGCCAAGUCAACGAUUUGAAAGACUUGCCUAAGACUUUGAUUCUUUCUGGAGUUGCAGUAGCGAGGGUCACAGAACUCACGCCACGCCGUUGGAUAAUGCAGAAAGCUCCACUUCGCCAAUCCUUGCUUGAACAAGCAAAGUUACUGCAGUUCAACAUGCAGCAAAUACAUGAGUGGGAGGCUCUCUUCCGAUCUCAUCACAUCAGUCAAGUCUACUCUGUGACGGGCGAGUCUGUAACGGAAGCUAUGUACGAGACGUUUAUGGCCGGCGAGACACAGAAUACACCAGAAGCCAAGAGAAGCGCCUGCGCAGCCUUUGAGAAACGCCAGAAAUUCUUGCGGCUGUUUCACAAACUGAACAUCCAUGGCUUCUUGGUUUGCUACAAAAUGGUGGUUCUGGUCGAGCGUGUGUUCCGUCGCUUUGGCUGGGUUAAUCCUGAAGCGCAGUUCAGGUCCAUGGCGGGUCAUAUUGGUAACCGCAAGGGCGCGCGGAUGGUUGCUCUUGGGGACCGCAAAACGACUUAUCAUGCUCUGGUGCCGAGUAUAUGUCGGCUUGGAGAUCACGUUGUUCUAGUUGGGGGCGUUAUGACGCCGCUCGUACUGCGGGAAGGUGAAGGUACGUGGGAGCUCAUAGGUGACGCUUACGUUCAUGGGAUCAUGAAGGGUGAGCUUUGGGAGAAGAGCAAGGGAGAUCGUCAAGACAUGUGGAUUGCUUGA